GAUUAGCUAUAGUAUCUAAUGAUGCUGCUGCACUUUUUACGGAUGGUAGAUAUUUUCUCCAAGCGAGCAAACAGUUGGAUAGUAACUGGACAUUGAUGAAACAAGGUUUGCCAGAUGUUCCCACCUGGCAAGAGUAUUUGGUGCAAAAUCUUCAAAAAGGUUCAAAAAUAGGAAUUGAUCCCACAUUAAUUACCUCACCUGAUGCUAGAACAUUAUCCGAAUCUCUGGAGAAAAUUGGCUCUUGUUUGACACCUAUCAGUCAGAAUCUAAUUGAUUUGGUGUGGGGAAAUGAGAGACCUCCACGUCCAACAAAGGAGGUUAUAAUAUUAGAAGAACGUUAUUCUGGGCGCUCUCACACUGAUAAAAUUGCAAAUCUUCGUGGAGAAUUCACUAAGGAAAAUUAUUACGGUUUUGUUGUUUCGGGUCUCGACGAAAUUGCAUGGCUCUUUAACCUUCGUGGCUCCGAAGUUGAAUACAAUCCUGUUUUCUUUUCCUAUUCACUUAUCACCAAGGAUGAAGCUAUUCUUUACAUCGACGAUCGUAAAUUAAACAAGGAAGUCAGAGAUCAUCUGGGACCUGAUGUUAAAUACCGACCUUAUGAUGCAAUAUUCGAAGAUUUGCAAGAACAUUCUGUCAAAUUGAAAAACGAUAACCAGAAACUCCUUAUAAGUACUCGAACAAGCUGGGCUAUAGCUAGAGCGGCCGGUGAAGACAAUAUUGAAGAAACUCGUUCACCGGUUACUGAUGCCAAGGCAAUCAAAAAUGAAGCCGAAUUGGAAGGCAUGAGACAAUGUCAUUUAAGAGAUGCUUGUGCAUUAAUCAAUUAUUUUGCAUGGUUGGAAGAUGAAAUAGCGAAUGGAAAAACUGUAACUGAAAUGGACGGAUCUAUUAAAGUAGAACAAUUCAGAUCAGAACAGUCUGACUUUAUGGGUCCUUCCUUCGCAACCAUUUCCGCAUCAGGACCUAACGCUGCUGUUAUACAUUACCAACCACAACCAGAGUCUUGUGCCGUUAUUGAUCCGAAUCUUUUAUAUUUAUGCGAUUCUGGCGGUCAAUAUAAAGAUGGAACCACUGAUGUGACACGUACUAUUCAUUUGCGGAAGCCAACUGAACAAGAAAAGCGUGCUUUUACUCGUGUUCUUCAAGGACACAUCGCUAUCGAUAGAGCUAUCUUUCCUAAAGGAACUACUGGAUACGUAUUAGAUGUACUUGCAAGAACUUCUUUAUGGAGGGAUGGAUUAGAUUAUCGUCACGGAACAGGUCAUGGAGUGGGAUGCUUUUUGAAUGUUCACGAGGGUCCGCAAGGUAUAGGUACUCGGAUUGCGUUCAAUGAUGUACCACUUCAAGCAGGUAUGACAGUAACUAAUGAACCAGGUUAUUAUGAAGAUGAUAAAUUUGGUAUUCGUAUUGAGACUGUCUUGUUUGUCCGCGAGGUCGAGACACCAAAUAAUUUUGGUGAACGAGGCUACCUUGGAUUCGAACAUAUAACAUAUGUUCCUAUUCAAACAAGUCUCGUGGAUGUAUCUCUCUUGAGUCCAAUUGAGCACAAAUGGCUCAAUGAUUUUAAUGCUGAAUGUCUACAAAAAUUAGAACCUUUAAUGACUCCAAACAGUCCAGGAUUACGUUGGUUAAAACGAGAAACUGCACCAUUAAAUUAA